AUGGCAAAGGACAACGACACCGCCCGAGAGGCCAAGCACGGCAGCCCCGAAGAGGCCGCCGGUCUCUUGCAGCCCGAGGACACGAGAGCGGACUCGCCAGAGGCCGAUGAGGUACAGAUACCGAUACUGCUACCUGCGCAGGAAAUAGUCACUUGCUGAUGAUACACCCCAGCAUCUCGUAGUCUACUCCAGACCACCCGCGCCGCAAGGUCGCAAGAUCCCUCCACCACGAAGACAGUCGAGCUUCGCGCAGUCCGGACGAAAUGGCCCCCGAACUCCCAACCGAGUAAGAUUUGACGUCGCUGAGCCCGAGACGAUGGGAGAGAGCAUGGGGCAGGCACCGAAUGGCUCGGCGCAUCCUGGCGAGUGGAUGGAAGAAGGGGACUACAUGAAUGGCCACGUCGAUGCUGAAGCGGGAACAAGAAGUCUAAGAGCACCGCUGUUGACGGGCAUCGAGGCACCGAGCGUUGCGGUCGCAAACGACCUGGAACUGCUGGAGGCAGAGUCCACGCGUCCAAAGAGUGGACUGAGUAGUGCAUUCAUGAACAUGGCCAACAGCAUCGUCGGCGCGGGAAUCAUUGGACAGCCCUACGCUUUCAAGCAGGCCGGGCUCUUGACUGGCAUUGUGUUGCUCAUCACAUUGACAGUCGCGGUGGACUGGACAAUCAAUCUCAUCGUCAAGAACUCCAAGCUCAGCGGAGCCAACUCCUUCCAAACGACCAUGGAAUAUUGCUUUGGCAAGUCGGGCCUAGUGGCCAUCUCCGUCGCUCAAUGGGUCUUUGCUUUCGGCGGCAUGGUCGCCUUUUGUAUUAUUAUUGGGGACACCAUCCCGCGGGUCUUGAUCGCGCUCUUCCCCUCCUUACAUUCGACUCCUGUACUCUGGCUUCUCACCGACAGACGGGCCGUGAUUGUACUAUUUGUCCUCGGAUUGUCAUAUCCGCUUUCCCUGUACAGAGAUAUUGCGAUGGUAUGUUCAGAAACCUGCCACUUUGGAACCCGGCUAAUGGCGUCCAGCUCGCGAAAGCCAGCACACUAGCCCUCGUCAGCAUGCUCAUAAUCAUCCUAACAGUCAUCACCCAAGCGCCCAUACAGCCAACAGAACUCAAAGGUCCCAUCAGAGGCAGUCUCAUCAUCAACAACGGCGUCUUCCAGGCUAUCGGCGUCAUAUCCUUCGCAUUCGUCUGCCACCACAACAGUCUCCUGAUCUACGGCUCCCUCAAAACACCAACCAUGGACCGAUUCGCAAAAGUCACGCACUACUCCACCGGUAUCUCAAUGGCAGCCUGCCUCAUCAUGGCACUGGGAGGCUACUUGACCUUUGGAGAGAAGACGCAAGGGAACGUCCUCAAUAAUUUCCCCAACGACAAUCUGAUGGUAAACAUUGCCCGGCUUUGCUUCGGCCUCAACAUGCUCACUACUCUACCGCUCGAAUGCUUCGUCUGUCGAGAAGUAAUGACGCUCUACUACUUUCCCCACGAAGCACACAAUCCUAAUCGACACCUCAUCUUCACGACCUCACUCGUCCUCUCAGCAAUGGCAAUGGCGCUCAUCACCUGUGACUUGGGAGUCGUCUUCGAGCUCGUCGGAGCCACGAGUGCCUGUGCAUUGGCGUACAUCUUGCCGCCGCUCUGCUUCGUCAAGCUCACCAAGCGAAGGACAUGGGAAACGUAUGCGGCGUACAUUUGCAUUGCCUUUGGGUGCAUUGUCAUGGGCAUUAGCCUGAUGCAGGCCAUUGCCAAGAUGAUACGAGGCGAAGGGGCCAGUCACAGUUGUUCAUGA